UGUCACCACAUGGGUCAACUAGCGCCGUACGGGUUUGUGGUUUAUUAUUAAUCAACAUCGUUUGCUUAUUUUUAACUUUCAAAAAUGUACAAACGAAAAUCAUUGCCAACAACAAAUGCAUCUAUAAAAAGACCAAAAACGGAAACCAAGAAGAAGUACUCCUUGGAUUCCGACGAAGAAGAUAAUAUCGAAGAGAGUGUUUUAGAGGACAAUGACAUUGAAGGUGAAGAAGAAGGCGAAUCCGGCAAUAUCGGAGAUGAAAAAUUUACAGCGUUUAACAUGCAGGAAGAACUGGAAGAGGGCCACUUUGACAAAGAUGGGCAUUUCAUAUGGAAGAACGAUAAAGAAGUCAGAGACAACUGGUUGGAUAAUAUUGAUUGGCAGAAAAUUAAGUCACUUCCAAAGGGUAGCGUUGAGAAGGGCCUUGGGGAUGAGAGUGACGAUUCCGACUUUGAACCAUUUCAAGAAGUUGAAAUAUACAAAGAAAUUAUUCAAUAUAUGAAACCAAAGGAAACCAUAAAUAAAGCUCUUAUGCGUUGGGGAGCUAAAAAUAAAAAUCUCUCCAGCUUGGAAAGGCUUAAACGUAAAAAGACAGGAACGUUAGAUUCAAAUACUGAGGUUACCAAGUUGACAGAGUUAGCCGAUAAAAUUUUGAGUGAAGCUGGUAAUAUGGAUAUUUACCAAGAAACAUACGAAGUUAUCAAAAGCAAGAUAGACAGUUUCGAAAGCAAGAAAUUAAAAACUUCUGCAAAGGAGGCAAACUUAGAUAUGUAUGCAGAUGAUUUCGAUGAAAAAGAAACCAAGAAGCUGGGUGCCACAACGACAACAGCUGAAACUCACGUGAAAGAACCUGUUUCAAGUGAGGUGUUGAUGUGGGAGUAUAAGUGGAAUUUAAAUGAUGAGAAGAUCGAGGGUCCUUUUGACACUCACCAAAUGUUAAAAUGGGUUAAAGAAGGCUACUUUAAAAAAGGGGCUUUCGUUCGAAAGCGUGGCGAGGAUGUAAAUUUUUAUUCUACGAAUCGGAUUGACUUUGAUCUUUAUUUAUGAAACCUGUACAUUGUUGUAAAUUCCAUUCCUUUAUAUUGUAAUAGAUGCUUGCAUUUAUUUGAUCACACUUUUACAUAGUAAAUAUUUACUACUUUUACUGUUA